AUGGCUGAGUACAAGGAGAGCGAGACCGCCACGGUCGCCACGUCUGCUUCAUCUGCAGUUCCAAAGGGCGUCAAAUCUCUCGUCGAUCUGAGCGCAACUGUCGUGGCCUGGAACUACAACGAAGAGAGCACGAAGCUCCUGCCCGCCGAAGUCCUCGAGUGCCUCCAGAAGCACAUGAAGUCAUGGCGCCAGAAGAAGUACUUCCGCGAGUACAAGGAGUGGCACCCCAACGGCCAAGUCUCCUGGUACGAGCGCUACGACGAGGACGGUGCGAAGGAGGGUCCCUGCAAGCAGUGGUACGAGGACGGAAGCCCGAAGCUGCUGUGCCACUACAAGGGCGGCAUCCUCGACGGCGAGUGGAAGCAGUGGUUCGAGAACGGCGUCUUGUGGAACCACAGGUUCUACAAGGACGGCGAACUCCACGGCGAGGCCAAGUCCUGGAACGAGAAGGGCGAGCUCAAGAGCCACGGCUGCUACAAGGACGGCAAGCGAGACGGCGAGUAUCGCGCCUGGAGGAAGAACUCGCAGCUCAUGUCGCACGCCUACUUCAGGAACGGAGAGAGACACGGCAUGUGCAGGCACUGGUGGGGCAAUGGCAGGCUCUACCUUCUGAUGAACUUCAAGAACGGCGUCAAGCACGGCGAAUGCAAGGAGUGGCGAAAGGACGGCCAGAUCAAGGUCGACGAGUUCUACGUCGAUGGCAAGAAGCAGACGCCCUGGCGGCAGUCCUUUCUCAGCUGCUGCUUCGUCUACGCGGCGGCCUCGCAGCCGAUCACCGCUUAG